AGACCUACCAUUCCUCCGAUUAAACCCAUACCCACCGCCGCCGCCACUACCAAACCCAUAACUACCGCGGCCACCUCUUGGACCACCACGUCCUAGCUUGUCGACGGGGCUCCGUUUGGCCCAGUGAGAUCGAUGGCCUUGGUCUUUUUACCCUCAUGAAUAACCAAAAAUUAUACCUCUUGGCCUUCAUAGAGAGUUCGAAAGCCAUCGGAUUUGAUCUCCGAUUGGUGGACAUGUAGAUCUUUGCCUUCUUCGUAGGGUCUGAUGGACCCCAUAGCCCUUCUGAUCGUUGAAGCGGACCACCUUCCCAAUGAUCUAGGGUUCUCCUCCGUCGCCAUUGAUCUCGAAAGAAACUGUUCUGCCUCCAUUGUCCAAUUAUUUAUGUAGAGUUUCUGCUUGCUCGUCAUUUAAAAGUUAAUUUCGGUGGAUAUCAAACGGUGCACCAUACAGCUUUCGGUUUGGAGACUCCAACUUUUGCAGCACCAGGGAAGUGUGGUUGACCGUUGACUUCUUGUAAAACCCAAAGCGGGAAGCCUACGGGCUUCUCUCUCUCUCUCAAAACUUCAAGAGAACACUACUACCUAACCAGAGGGCUUCUCUCUCACCAUUCAUGUACUCUCCAACGCAUACAUGCUUGAAACUGGAAGUCCCCAACACCACGGAACCCGAACAAACUGAAUCCAUCUUCGUUAAAGGCACAUGGUUCGCCUCUCGCUUCCACCUCUCCAUCACCAACGGCCUCAAUGCUUGGAUUUGCAACGGAUUGGAAGAUGAUGUUAGAGAGAGAUCGUCUCAAUGGGACCAACCUGUGUCGGAAUACAUCGAGUUGGCUGAGCGUUAUCUAGGGUUUCAACAGCCCGGUUCAGUUUAUGGGUUCUCCGAUGCUGGAAAUGGGGAUAGAAGAUUAUCAUGGACAUUUCAUAAAGAAGGGACUAAGCUUGAGUGGCGAUGGAAAUGUCAACUGUCGCCUAACAGGAAGGAAACUACAGCUGGAAUUUUGGACUUUCUUAUGGAUGCAAAUAUCCGACUAAGUGAGGAAGUUGUAAGUAAAGCCCAAUCAUGUGAGAAGCUAAAAGUGGAGGCUGAAAAGUGUUUGGCACAAAGUGAAAGAUUCAGCAACGAGAAGGUAGAAUUUGAAUCUGCAAUCUAUGCUAAGUUUCUUGGCGUUUUGAAUUCAAAAAAAGCAAAACUUAGAGAGCUUCGAGACAAGCUUUCAAAACAGGAAAGUUCUAGAAAAUUGCCGGAAGAAGAGGAAGAAGAAUCCACCGACAAAACUGAGAUUUAUGGAAGUGAUGAUGAAAAAAGUGAGGAAGAGCCUGCGAAGAAUCUUAUUGGCACUUCAAAGAAUGUUUCAGCAAGUAGGCCUCGCGGUCGCUAGAGGAAGUAAAUGUCACUACCUGAUGUCCAUAUAUGUAUGUUAAGCCGUUGCCAUUCCCCUGUCCUCGCCUUCGGAAAAAUUUGAUAUGAAGAUUUUCUUGCUAGUUCACAGUUGCUUUGUAAGAAUUUUAUGGAAAAAAUAAGUUAAUAACAAAUGUCUUCUUGUCAGUUUUAUAUUUUUGGUCACAUACCACUUAUCCCAAGUUAUAACAAGGCCCAGGUAAAGAGCAAAGUUGUUCAAAUUGCGUUUAAUCGAUUAAUCAUUAUUAUAUGUGUUUGUAAAUAUUGUUGCGUUGCAGUAUUGACUGUUG